ACUAUUUCAUCUUUUAACAGAUUUAGUUUUGAGUGUUCAGCUUGCAUGGUUAAACAGCUGCAUAGUAAGUGAUGUGCUUCAAGGAGCAAGGUGGACAGGUAAAUGAGCUCUUUGUUGGUCCCAAAGAGGGGAAAAAUGGUCUUACAGUGCACUUAAAUCCAGCAUGCAGGUACUUAGGUAAUUGCAGAGUGGUCUCAUCUAGCUGAGCCGGAGGUAGGCUUCCUGCCUGAAAAUGCACAUCAGCCUGGGUUUGGGAUAGACUGUGCCAUGAUGGCCUCUGGGGCCUUUUCCAACCCAACCUAUUCUGUGAGCUCCUUGCAGAACACAUCACCAACAGAACCAGCCAGCCUCGUAGCCAGGCCUGCCAUCUCAGGUCAGAGCUACGUAAUUUAGUGCAGGUAAUUUAAUUAAGGCUAUGCCCUGUGACCUUACCACAUGGCAGAUGACUGAGCUAAGGCAACGUGAGGGCAAACAACGGUGUUGGCCAAGUGCUCAGGAAGGCAGCCACGGCCAACAGGUUCAUCUCUUGGUGUUGUUUACAGAUCUCCUGUUCUGUUGUCUCCAAAUGUGCUGUCAUGUUGCCUCCAAACCCCAGUGAGCAUCUCAGUGCUCUGUGCCAACCACUGCCCUUCACUCGUGUGCUCCUUGCAAUGCUCCCAUAACGUUCCCUUGCAGCAGCCCAGUGUAACAGUAAUCCUUUCCCUCUAUAAAAGAGGAUUAAAAAUGGGAACAUUCGUACCUUAAUUCAGCCUGCCAGGGCUGUGCUCUGUCUUUUGGGCAGUAAUCCUGUUGGUAAAGGGCCGUCAGCAAACAGCAGAUCCUCCGGUCAUGCUGCUGAUGGGGUUAGCAAUUCUUCAAAUUAAUUAAAAAGCUGUAACAACUAGAGAAGAGCAACUCGCUUGGAAUGUCUUAAAGGCCACAUGGUUCAGAGUAAAAUAAUUAGAAAUUGGGAUUUCCAUGGUUCUUGAAAUGAAAGUGUGGAAAUGGACAUAAUGGUACCUUUGAGGAUGCUGUUUGUCAGAUGCUUUGCUGUCCAGACUCCACUUACAUGUUUAAUAAACAGGUGUGAAAUCCCAUUUGUUUCUUUUCCAGGCUUUCUGUGUUUCCUGCAGCUCUUUUGGGUGAGAUGCUGAUGAGGAAGGCACAGUAAAAGACAUGGGUUUGGUUUUCUAGGAUUUUUUUUUUAGGAUUUUUAUGCUGCAACUGUUAGCACGGGGAUUAUUUUUCCAGCCUAAUUAAAAGGAUAAUUGCAUUAAGCCACAGGAGGACGCUGUGGGAUGACAAGAGGUGGAUUUCAGUCCCUCCUAGGGCUUGAGUUACUGCAUUUCUGCCAGUGCACGACCACAGCCAAUUCUCUCCACCAGUGCCAGAACAAUGGGAUUUUUUGCAUUUCAAUGUGUGUUUUCAACAAGUUAGGGUAAUAAUAAAGAUACAAAUUAAUCUUGCUGCUGAUGGAUGGCAUCGUUUCCUUAUCAAACCCACAUUACUAAUUCCAUUGAGACACAUAGUUGCACGGGAAUGGCGUCGAACCCUAUCUAAAGGUGAAUGAUAUUUAACCUGGGAGAUCUGUCAGCAGGUUGGAUGCUAUAUAGAGACUUCAGCAGGAGUCCGAAGCCUCAUUUUAGGACGGACACAAAGGCUUUGUUUUGCAUCCCCCCUAAGAAAAGCCAGGUCUUGGUAUUGUUUGGCUGUGGCAGUGACGAGAGAUGGAGCUGGGACCCAUCCAAAAUGGGUCAAAACGUGGCUACAGUGGUCUGCUAUGAGGGCUGAUCAGCAGCAGUAGUUUAAGGCAUGAUUGCAAUUGUCCUCGUGGAAAUCUCGGUGCAUGAGGUUAAUUCUCCCACCAUUGAAACCUGCUGAUGAGAUGCUCACGGGAUGAGGAAGCACCUCUGCUUUGAAAAAUGCAUAGAGAGCUUUGUGCCAGAACAGCAAAACACAGUGGGAGACCGUUUCAGAUGCGGAAUUCCCCUCAAAUAGGAAUAGGAAAUUUAUUUUAUCAGUAGGUGGUGAGUGAUUAAUUUCUCAUUGGACCACUUUUCACUUAGGAAUUAUUCCAGGCUGUCUUUGCAGGGAGCUGGGAAUUCACUGAAGACUACAGCACCAAUGGAAAAUAGGUUUUAAAAUCAAACAACCUGCUGUGGUAAGUGCAUAGGACUUGCACAGGAAAAGUGCUUUCUGAUCUCAUCCUGUAGAAGAGUUGCAAGCAAGCACCUGAGCAGUGCUGAGCACCAGUACCACUUCAUCACAGCUCCUGGAAGCAAUCCUUGUGCAAGAUGGGAAAGGAGAAAGGUGUAGAGCACCAGUGGUCUAUGUGCUGGUGGGGAAGCCCAUUUCCUAGCAGAGAUGCUGGUGCACGUGGCUGGAAACUACCACAGCACUGCAAGAAGAAGAGCCAGCAGCACUGUUGCAUGGGGUUUAACACACCCAGAUCACAGCAACCCCCGAGAACAAAGGUGCCAGUGUGAUGGUGGUGGUUUCAUGCAAAGCAAAUGGCUUAUUUACGGGGCAGGCUUGAAUCCAUUAAAGGCACAUUAAACUCCAGAUGCUCACCAACUUUACAAAAGGAGUGGAAGAAAGGGAGGAGGUGUUGCACACUUUUUGGAAGAAAAACAAAUCAGCUCUCUGGGCUUGGAGCAGCAUUUCAUUGCAGUUAAAAGCGUGAUGCUGGAAUAGCGAGCCGUUCAAUGUUGUUUUCCCUUUUAAAAGCUGGUUUUCAGACUGAACUGCGUAGUGCCAGACAGCGCUAUGCGAUGUGCUGUUCCAUGCAGGAUGCUCGAUAUUGGGUUCUGCAGCACAGGGAUCAAGCAGAAAAUGGAAAAGGGGAAACCAGGAGCGUUUCCAUUCCUUUGGAGCUAAUAAGGAAAUGAGCCGGAGGGAUUAUUUGUGGCUGUGCCAAAUGGGCCCUCUCUUCAAGACCUCUAAAUUAACUUCAGGUGGGUCCAUCACCACCCAGCAGUCUGAGUUAUGUUUUAUGGAAGAAGGAGUGCUGGGGAAAGCUGUGCCUCAAUACCUUUGUGAGCUGCUGCACCUCAGUUUUCUGCCUUUUACCCUUUAUCAUUUCUCAAUCCUUGCUUAUUCCGUACAGAAAGUGGAGCUGCUGCGGCGUCAGUGCCCAACUGGGGCCUCAAUCUUCUCCAAAACCUUCACCUAGGAGACAUUUUGGUGAUAGCAAAGAGCAUUCGCUUGAAGAAAAGACAGAAUUUUUUUUAUGAAGAGGUGGUCAGGUUUUGCUAUUUUGGGUUGCUCUUCUCCUCCAACACCUGGUAUUCUUCCAGCCCCGGUGUCAGCAGCGCAUUAAAGGAGCCUCUGUCGCGACCACAAAGCAACUGCACUGCGGGGUGAGCACCUAUUGAUGGAAGAACACGGCGUGACUCAAACAGAACACAUGGCCACCAUCGAGGCCCACGCAGUGGCCCAGCAGGUGCAGCAGGUCCACGUGGCCACCUACACAGAGCACAGCAUGCUGAGUGCCGACGAGGACUCACCUUCUUCACCUGAGGACACGUCCUAUGAUGACUCUGACAUCCUCAACUCCACAGCUGCCGACGAGGUGACGGCCCACCUGGCUGCAGCAGGCCCUGUGGGGAUGGCAGCAGCUGCUGCUGUGGCAACGGGUAAGAAACGGAAGCGACCACACGUUUUUGAAUCCAACCCAUCCAUCCGUAAGAGGCAGCAGACACGUUUGCUACGAAAGCUCCGUGCCACACUGGAUGAGUACACCACCAGAGUGGGGCAGCAAGCCAUCGUCCUGUGCAUCUCACCCUCCAAACCCAACCCUGUCUUCAAAGUUUUUGGAGCUGCACCCUUGGAGAAUGUGGUACGCAAAUACAAGAGCAUGAUUCUGGAAGACCUGGAGUCAGCGCUGGCAGAGCAUGCUCCUGCACCUCAGGAGGUUAACUCAGAGUUACCACCCCUCACCAUUGAUGGCAUUCCAGUCUCAGUGGACAAGAUGACCCAGGCACAGCUGCGAGCGUUCAUCCCGGAGAUGCUGAAGUAUUCCACGGGUCGUGGGAAGCCAGGCUGGGGCAAGGAGAGUUGCAAACCCAUUUGGUGGCCUGAGGACAUUCCCUGGGCCAACGUCCGAAGUGAUGUGCGCACGGAGGAGCAGAAGCAGCGGGUGUCAUGGACCCAAGCACUGAGGACUAUCGUGAAGAACUGCUACAAGCAGCAUGGGCGUGAGGACUUGCUCUAUGCAUUUGAGGAUCAGCAAACACAGCAACAGACCACAACCACACACAGUAUAGCACACCUGGUGCCCUCACAGACAGUGGUACAAACCUUCAGUAACCCUGAUGGCACUGUGUCCCUCAUCCAGGUUGGCACUGGUGCCACAGUUGCCACACUGGCCGACGCCUCCGAGCUGCCUACCACAGUUACUGUCGCACAAGUCAAUUAUUCUGCAGUGGCUGAUGGAGAGGUGGAGCAGAACUGGGCAACGCUACAGGGGGGUGAGAUGACCAUCCAGACAACGCAGGCAUCAGAGGCCACGCAGGCGGUAGCAUCGUUAGCAGAAGCAGCAGUGGCAGCAUCUCAGGAGAUGCAGCAAGGAGCAACUGUUACCAUGGCACUUAACAGUGAAGCAGCUGCCCACGCCGUAGCCACACUGGCUGAAGCCACUCUUCAGGGUGGAGGACAGAUCGUCCUAUCUGGUGAAACCGCAGCAGCAGUAGGAGCACUCACUGGAGUCCAAGAUGCCAAUGGCAUCCUAGCAGCAGACUAUUCAGGCUACAAGUGGAGCCUAGCAGAGAGUUUAUCAGCAAAGCCAGCCGAUCAAGGAAGCUUAGAAGGGUUAUUCGUUAAGCUUUCAUCUCUGGAGCAUGGUAAAAAAGGCUUCCCCUACACAGGCCUCGUGCAGAUCCCCGUCAGCAUGUACCAGACCGUGGUCACCAGCCUGGCGCAGGGCAAUGGUCCCGUGCAGGUGGCGAUGGCGCCGGUCACCACACGGAUAGCAGACAGUGCCGUCACCGUGGAUGGGCAGGCAGUGGAAGUGGUAACUUUGGAACAGUGACCAUAACCCGCAGCAGGAUCACGAUGAUUUAUUUUUAUUUUUUGGGGUUUUUUUUUCCUUUUUUUUUUUUUUUUUCCUCCUCGUCUCUUAUGCGAAUUAAAUUUUUUUACACCUAUCCAGAGAUGCAAUCAGGUGGCACUGAGUCUUUCCGCUUCGGAAGCAAAAGAGUUUUGUUGACCAUUUUUAACGAAAAAUAACGAAGGAUGCGUGUGUUAAGUGUGUCUUUAUAGCACCACUGAUCACACUGGAGCAAGAAGCCCAACGCAGACGGGACUUCCAUUCUGAAGAGAUGAGAAAGGACAAAAAAAACACAAACACAUGCAAAAAUGCAACUCGUUGGGCCCCUUUCUUCCCACAACAGAUCAGAGCAGGGGAGCGUGGAUGCUCCUACAUGGGGUGAAUUAGGUUUCGAAGAUUUUAACAUGGACUUUUAUAUUAAAAAAUUAAAAAAAAAAAA